UUGGACGACGGGGCGGGCCUUUAGUGAAGGGAUGGCGGUGGGAAAGAUGGCGGUGGCCCUGGCACCCUCUGGGUGGUGGCGGCGGUGGCGGCGGCGUUUGUCGGCACGGGAAGUUUCCAGGAUGUUGCUCCUUCUCCUUUUGCUGGGGUCUGGGCAGGGGCCACGGCAAGUCGGGGCGGGUCAAACGUUCGAGUACUUGAAACGGGAGCACUCGCUGUCGAAGCCCUACCAGGGUGUGGGCACAAGCAGUUCCUCCCUGUGGAAUCUGAUGGGCAAUGCCAUGGUGAUGACCCAGUAUAUCCGCCUUACCCCGGAUAUGCAAAGUAAACAGGGUGCCCUGUGGAACCGGGUGCCGUGUUUCCUGAGAGACUGGGAGUUGCAGGUGCACUUCAGAAUCCACGGGCAAGGGAAGAAGAACCUGCACGGGGAUGGCUUGGCCAUCUGGUACACGAAGGAUCGGAUGCAGCCAGGGCCUGUGUUUGGAAACAUGGACAAAUUUGUGGGGCUGGGAGUAUUUGUAGACACCUAUCCCAAUGAGGAGAAGCAGCAAGAGCGGGUGUUCCCCUACAUCUCAGCCAUGGUGAACAACGGCUCGCUCAGCUACGAUCACGAGCGGGAUGGGCGGCCUACAGAGCUGGGGGGCUGCACGGCCAUCGUCCGCAACCUCCAUUACGACACCUUCCUUGUGAUCCGCUACGUCAAGAGGCACCUGACGAUAAUGAUGGACAUCGACGGCAAGCACGAGUGGAGGGACUGCAUAGAGGUGCCGGGCGUCCGCCUGCCCCGGGGCUACUACUUUGGCACCUCGUCCAUCACGGGCGAUCUCUCGGACAACCACGAUGUCAUUUCCCUGAAGCUGUUUGAGCUGACAGUGGAGAGGACCCCGGAAGAGGAGAAGCUGCAUCGCGACGUGUUCCUGCCCUCAGUGGACAACAUGAAGCUGCCCCAGAUGACAGCCCCGCUGCCUCCCCUCAGCGGCCUGGCCCUCUUUCUCAUCGUCUUUUUCUCUCUGGUGUUUUCCGUCUUUGCCAUUGUCAUCGGGAUCAUCCUCUACAACAAAUGGCAGGACCAGAGUCGGAAGCGUUUCUACUGAGUGCCCCCCACAACCUUGACCUGUGUGGCUGUCCCUAGGAGGCGCGGGAGGAGCGCCGCUGACCUACCCUCCCGGCCGGGCGGGCCUUCUCCUGUCGCCAGCACCUGGUUACGGGUGCGGGUCUGUCACUGGAGCUUUGCGGGCAGGGACGCUGGCUCCCCCGUCACCUGUGAGGAUGGCCAGCUCUGGCUCGGGAAGCCCCCCGUUGGGUGACACUGCUGCGAUGUGCCUUUCCCCAAGGUCCCGCCCCUUGGGAGUGAAGAGGGCUGGCGAGAACCUGGGCCGCCAUGAUGCCAGAACCACCGGCAGGAGUUUCCUAGCCCAGGCUGCCUUGCUGUUGGGCUCACAGGGCCCUUGGGCUUCACUUGUAAGUCUUUCAAAGGCUAGAAAGUGGUCACUCCUCACACCUUCUGGCCUGCCAGCCACUGGUUUUUGCUUUAUGUCCAAGCCCCUGUCCUCCUGAGGCACUUUCCUUGGAAAUCUGGAUGAAAAUCUCUUCCCUGCCUCUCCCUCCUUCCAUCAUCCUCUGCAGAUGCAAGCUGAGCUGGGAAAGACACCUGGCUGCCUCUCCGUUAGGGCCUGGGACUGUAGGACACACUCGAGUGUCACUGACCCUCGCUAGGUGGCCAUGGGGAGGGGGCCUUCUGCUGGGGCUUGCCACUCUAGCCUUUGUUCUUGAGGGUGGAUCUUGGUUCUGUUGGUGGGUUCGUAACACUCCCAACUAGGCCCCUUUAGGCCCCUGGUCAGGUGUGUGAAGUCAGGAGAAACAUGGGAGACGUCAUGGGUGCUGUGGGGCUAACGGUGAAACUGCUCCACGUUUUGACACUGAAAGCAACAUCUACCAUGUGACCUGAGGACGUGGAGGUGUUUCUGGAUGCUCCAGAGCCUGCUUCGCUGCAUGUUUCAUAUUCAUCUUAACUUUUGGAAUCCUACUUAGAGUGUCAAAAUGUAAGGAACCUUUCUUCUAUAGCCUCAGUUUGGACAUCCCCAAAGAGGAACUCUUGCUUCUCUUUCUUAAGUGAUAAGAAAUGGUGGUUCUAAGUCUGGAAGCAGUGGAUCCUGGUCACCUGUGCCUGGAAGAGUUCACUGUUGUUUGAGCGACAGAGCCUGAGCAUCCUCCUGUCUGGGUCAGCCCUGACGCCACUGCCUUACCUGACAAGGAGUCGGGCACUGCUCGCCUGUCUGCCCUGUGAUUCUGUUGCUGACCGGUGGACUCUCCCUGGAGGGUCUGGACUCAGCUCUCCUAGCCCUGUGCUUCUGUAGCCCGAGGGAGAGUCUUAAUGUGGCUGAUGAAAACCAAACAUGACCUUCCGUGUGGCCUUCCUUUGGGGUGGGUUUGGCUAAACCUUCAGCCCAUCCACCCUUGCCCUGCCUGGGAUGGGAGCGCCCUCUGCUCCGUGCAGAAGGCAAGGGGGCGGGGGGGUCCCUCGGCUGGCAGGGGGUGGGGGUGGUGGUUUCUGCUGUCUUUGGCUUCCUCACAUCCUUUCCACGAGCUGUAGAUCUCUCCUGCAGGUGGGGUGACAGUGGGGCCCUUCCGACCUCCUGCCAUGGGCCUUCAGACCAGUUUCUUUGAAACUAAGGAAGCAGAUGGCUGUUUUGUGUUUUUGAGUUCCAGGGGAGAUUGGAUAGACCUCUGUGGUGGGGGCACAAGGUUGGACUCAUGAACUGGCUCGAACGUGGGUGCAGGAGGGCGAUCUCAGCACAGAGGAGACCACACUUGUGACUUCCGUGUGAUUCUAGCUCAGGAAUUUUUCGAGGCUCUGAGGAGGGCGAGAAGAUGUGAAAGAUGGUAUACUACCCCCAGCCCCCCACUCGGGGCCAGCCUCAGAGCAACAUAUGUGAGGAAACCAUCUGACUGGCAUUGUAGCUUUUGCUUCGGUUCUUGCCUUCUGUCCUAGAAACAUGCCAAUUCCCUUCUCCAGGGGAUCUUCCCAACCCAGGGAUCGCACUCAGUCUCCCACACUGCAGGCAGAUUCUUUACCAGCUGAGCCCCCAGGGCAUCCUGCCUGUCAAGAGUGGGGCCCAAUGUUGCUCUGGGCCCUGGAGUCCCAGCUGUGUCCCAGGGCGAGGGGGCCACCUGGCCACGUGAUGGGGGAGGGCAGCGGCCUUACCCUCCAGGAGCCAUCUCUCCUCGCGGAUGCCCUGGCCUUCUGUUUCCUGCAGCCUGAGGCCCACAAAGUGGAUGAGCCCUGGAGGCUCAGCGAGGUGCCUCCCGCCCUUCUGGGUCCCGUCCCAGAGGCUGGCCUUGCCUGUGGUGGUGUCAGCCGCCCAGAUACAAGGUGCCUCUCUGUUACAAAUGCUCUUUAUUUCAGUGGAAAAUUACAGCUCUGCUUGUUGGAAGUGGUCUCUGAACAGAAUGGCCAGACUAUUCUGAGUCCCCAGAAACAAGGAACUGGUAGGAAGCUGAAGGGUAGGGCUGUCUGUGAGCCAGGCUGUCCAGGGGGAUUAGUUCUGUGGGGCCAGAAGUUCUGGAAGACUAUCCCGCAGGCGCGUCACGUGUCCCUGGAGGUGUUUCAGCUUGAGGGCCGUUGUAGGUUUCAGGUUCUGCUGGGGAGUGGUGAGGUUGGAAGAGUUGGCGCUACUGGUGUUUGGCGCAUUGAUGAUAUUGGCGUAUAUUUGAAUGGGGGCAUUGAGCCGAAGUUCCGGUUUGAUCCAGCUCAUGGCCAAAUAGUUCUAGAGAGAACGAGCAAAAAUCAGCCUGAAGUAGCUGCCCAAAAUCGCUGUCUCAGGUCGUCCAGGAGGCAUGGCACCUUCGCCUGUGCCCUGGGCUUGUCACUCACCGGAGCCGAGUAGAUGAACUUGAACAGCAGAAGCCCUAUGAGGAGUA